AUGGCGGACGUCAUUGACUCGAACAAAGCCUUAACAAGCACCCGGUUCUCCGACCUGAACCCACCGUUAUCAGAACCGGUCCUUGAUGCCCUUACCGCCGCCGGUUUCCAGUUUUGCACUCCGGUUCAAGCUGCCACCAUACCGUUGCUCUGCAGCCACAAAGACGUAACCGUGGACGCUGCCACUGGUUCCGGAAAAACCCUUGCCUUCGUUGUCCCCCUUGUCGAGCUCCUCCGCCGCUCUUCCGCCCCUCCGAAACCUCAUCAGGUGAUGGGGAUAAUUAUCUCGCCAACGAGGGAGUUGUCUUCACAGAUAUUUAAGGUUGCAGAGCCAUUUAUUUCUACGUUGUCGAAUGUGAGGCCAAUGCUUUUGGUAGGGGGCUUGGACGUGAAAGCUGAUAUCAGGAAAAUAGAAGACGAAGGUGCAAAUUUGUUGAUUGGGGCUCCUGGAAGAAUGUAUGAUAUUAUGGACCGCAUGGACAUAUUGGACUUUCGCAACCUUGAGAUAUUGAUUUUAGAUGAAGCUGAUAGGCUAUUAGAUACGGGAUUCCAGAAGCAGAUAAAUUCAAUUAUAUCUCGCUUACCGAAGCUACGUAGAACUGGUCUCUUUUCUGCCACUCAAACUGAGGCAGUUGAAGAGCUAUCGAAGGCAGGGUUAAGGAAUCCUGUGAGGGUUGAAGUUCGAACUGAAGUAAAAGGAUCGAAUGAAUUGACUACCUCACAGGAACUUGCCUCCUCGAAAACACCUUCGGGGCUUCACAUUGAGUAUCUUGAAUGUGAAGCAGACAAGAAACUAUCACAGCUCGUUGAUCUUCUAACUAAGAACAAGACAAACAAAAUUAUAAUCUAUUUCAUGACUUGUGCCUCUGUCGAUUAUUGGGAUGUUGUACUUCCACGUCUUUCUUCUUUGAAGGGAUUCACUUUAAUAUCUCUUCAUGGAAAAAUGAAGCAGGCUGCAAGGGAAAAAGCACUAGCAUCUUUUACCUCUCUUUCUAGUGGAGUUCUUCUUUGCACUGAUGUAGCAGCCCGUGGACUUGACAUUCCUGGCGUUGACUGUAUAAUACAGUAUGACCCCCCUCAGGACCCAAAUGUGUUUGUACACAGAGUUGGUAGAACGGCUAGGAUGGGGCGUCAAGGAAGUGCAAUUGUUUUCCUGAUGCCAAAGGAGGAAGCAUAUGUUGAGUUCCUGCGGAUAAGAAGAGUUCCACUUGAAGAGAGAAAAUGCUCUGACGAGGCUCCUGAUAUUAUUUCUCAGAUACGAUCAGCUGCAAAAAAAGAUCGGGACAUUAUGGAAAAAGGACUCAGAGCUUUUGUAUCUUAUAUUCGUGCUUACAAAGAGCAUCAUUGUUCUUAUAUUUUCAGGUGGAAAGAACUUGAAAUUGGGAAGUUGGGCAUGGGGUAUGGCUUAUUGCAGCUCCCUUCGGUGCCUGAGGUAAAGCAUUACUCUCUUUCUACCGACGGUUUUGUCCCGGUCAAAGAUAUAAACUUGGAAGAGAUCAAGUACAAGGAUAAAUCUCGCGAGAAACAAAGAAAGAAAAAUUUGGAAGCAAAGAGAGCUGCAAAGGAACAAGAACAAAAACAGAAGAAGGCUAAAGCCGCUACUACCACGGUCAUGAGAAAGAAAACGGCUAAGCAGAGGCGUGCUGUCCAAUCUGUGGAAGAUGCAGAUGAGUUGGCGCGAGAGUACCGACUUCUGAAAAAGCUGAAAAAGGGUGCUAUUGAUGAAAAUGAAUAUGCAAAAUUAACUGGAACGGAAGAUUUGCUUUGA